UGGGCCAUGUUGUCCGCGCUCGCCUCUGGUGGCUCAGGGCCGUGUACAUACCGGCGUCGCUCAUUGGCGGGCUCAUUGGCCUCAUCUUGCUGCAGAUAAGCACAGCAGACGACAAGCUACACAACUUUGUCAACAGCGAGUUGGCUGCUGGCUGGGAUGAGCUGCCGAGCUUGCUGAUCAACAUUGUGUUCGGAUGCCUGUUCCUGGGCGAGCGCGUACCGCCCAUCUCCAAGAUCUGGCGUGUGUCUGGGCCCCAGCUCCUCUACGGCCAGGUGCUGGCGUGGGGUCAAUAUGCGCUUCCAGCCAUUGUCACGGGUGCCAUUCUUGUUCCACUCCUCAACACCAACAAGCUGAUUGCGCCUGUGGUGGCGCUUGGGUUUGAGGGCGGCCACGGCACCGCUGCCGGCAUCAAAGACACCUUUGCCGAGCUUGGGUACACGGAGGGCGGGGACCUGGCGCUGUUUGCUGCCACCAUCGGCCUCGUGUCUGGCGUUCUGUUCGGAACGGUGCUCAUCAAUUGGGCCGUCAGGAAGAACCUCGUCUCAUCCGUCGACACAAGCACUGACCACCGCGAGUUUACUGGCGUGUAUUCGCCUGCCCGCCGCCCCAUUGCCGGGCAGCAGACCGUCGCUGUUGAGGCCCUCGACUCUCUCGCAUAUCACGUGAGCAUUGUUGGCUUGACAUUGGCCUCUGGAUACGCCUUCAAACGCUGCUUGCUGCUCGUUGAAGACCAGUCUGCUUGGUUGACAGAGUAUCACUUCUUUUCGGCCUUUCCCACGUUCCCAUUCUGCAUGCUCGGUGGAAUCCUGGUGCAGCUCUUCACGGACGCGUUUGCAAAUCCGUCGCCCAUUGAUCGAGACACAAUCGAGCGCAUAUCUGGCCUGGCUCUCGAUUUCACCAUUGUCUCAGCCAUUGCUACGAUGAGUUUCACGGGCCUUGAGGACUCUCUUCUUCCGUUCUUCAUCCUCGUCGGCGUCACGUGGAUCUGGCACCUCCUCUGCUUUCGAUUCCUCGCCCCAAUCUUGCUGCCGGACUAUUGGGUACAGCGUUCGUUGGCAGAGUUGGGCCAGUCCAUGGGUGUCACCAGCACGGGCCUCCUCCUCCUCCGCAUGACAGAUCCUGAGAACCAGACACCGGCACUCGCUGCGUUCUCCUACAAGCAGCUGCUGCACGAGCCCAUUGUUGGCGGCGGGCUGUGGACGGCCUCUGUUCUCCCGUUCUUGAAGUCGUCUGGAAUCUGGCCAGUUGUGGGUGUUUCGUGCAGUGCGGUGGUGCUGUGGUUGCUCGUGUACCUGUUUUACUUUCGACAAAGAUACGCCAGGAAACGCCAGGAAGAAGACGAUGGUGGUGAUGGGGAGAGCGUGUCGUUGCUUGCAAGCAACGAUGCGGGUAGUGAGGACAGCGCCACGUCUUCAUCACAAUCACCAGCGCGUCAGGCGUCCACUACCUCCUUUGGCACGCUGCCCCGUGCUGAUUCAUGCGCAUAGCCUCUGGAUGUUCUCCGAGGGUCGUGUGCAAAUGAUUCAAUGUGGCACUGCCUGCAAGUAAGCUGUUGGUUUGAAGAGUUGCGAGGUGUUAUGAGCAGAGAGCAGUGUUCAAGGUGUUUUGAGGGCGUUAGCAUUAGGUACAUUACACGAGUUCUGGUGUUGGUGUUAGAGUUGUUUGGUUUUACUUCUACUUGAUGGUAAAUAAUGGAGUGCGACGGAGAAUAGACACAAGAAGUCA